AUGGGUUGCUGCGUCAGCACUGUAGAAUCCUCGAAGCAUCACCCAGAUGGCCCUAAAAACCGGCACCUCCACCCCAGAUCUGCCGCGCAGAAAUCCAAUGCCGCCCUUGAAGUAGAAAGCAGAUCCCCCCCUGCAGCUGAAGAGGAAACCGUCAAAGAGGUUCUUUCGGAAACGCCCAUUUCUAAAUCUCAAGUUCCAUUCUUGCCGGCGGAAACCAAAGCACAAAUGCCCAACAUUCAACCUCAAGAUGGCAAACUCCGAUUCAACGACCUGGAAGAGGUUUUCUCCAGAACUCAAGUUCCAUUCUCCCUGGAAGAGAGCAAAAUCGGAAUGCCCGUCUCACGACCUCCGCCUGAGAAAUUCGAGUCGAAGGAGGAGGUCUCCGAGGUGUCUCAGCUUUCAGAAAUGUGCAGCGUCACCGAGAGCUUUUCGACCGCCACCACAGCCACGAUUGGAGAAAAGAGAGAAGAAGAAGCGACGAGUAAACGAAGCAGCAGAGAAGCCACAAGUCAAAGGUCGAUUCGGUCUCCCUCGUCAAAUGCACCGCGGAAGCGUCCCUUUACCGUCGACAGUAACAGUGCUAGAGAACGGAGGUCCAAAUCUCCAGCUAGGAGAGCAGAGCCUUCGCCGGAGAAAAGGAGUCAGGGGAAUUCGAGGACCGUUCGGGGGAGGGAAUCUGGUCAAGCCAUUACAAGAAAGCCUAGUUUGGGGUCCGCUGGAGUCCUCCGUGACGCAGGCGAGAGAUCCGGAAGGCGAUCGAGGUCACCGUCUACGAGGUUAAACCAGAGCAGGGUAAAUACCGGUGGUCGGAGUCAGGUGAAAGCACCGGGAGGAACGGGUCGGCAGUUGCCACAGGCGGCUAAGGCGGUAGAGAAUGAGAAUAAGGGGAGUGAGAAAAUCAAGGAGGGAAACGACGGCGUUCCGCGAGAGUCUCUCGAGAAUCCCCAUGGAUUACAGUCUAGGGAUGGGGAAAAGGCAGAUGGGAAAUUGGAAGUGUUGUUUUCUUUUAUAGGGAUGGGACAGGACAAAGAGACUUUUGUUUUCUCGGUGUCGCCGACCAUUGUCUUCUUCCCGUGGGGCUACAAUGUCCAGAACAAGCCACCCUUGUUAGGACCAGAGUUGGGUCGCAUCUUCUCAUGCCAACAAAAUUGUCCUUCACCUAAUUCUCCCCUUCCCAUAGGCCGCUAG